CCAACUUUAAGUCUUUAUUUAAAGACAUUGAAAACUCUCAAGCUGCUACUCAAGACUUUACUCAGGUUUCGUCUUCAUCUCAAUUAGGCAAAGAUGACCACUUCUCAAAUAUGUCUCAGGUCAAAACUAUUGCUCAAAUGAAACUCUCUCAAAAGGACUCAUAUUGCAUUACUGUUGGAACAACCAAAAAAUUCAAUCCUAAUCAAUUUGGUUGGUACUAUGAGAGUUGUUCCAAAUGCACAAAGUCCUCAAGGUCUAUGGGUGAGAAUUAUACAUGCUCAUGUGGUGAAAAUGUCAAACUUCCAAUUGCUAGGUACAAAGUUGUUAUUCAAGUUGAAUCCGAAGGACAUAAGGCUGAUUUUGUUUUUUGGGAUAGUGAAUGUCAUGGUAUUAUUGGUACAACUGCUGAGGAACUAAGGGAGAAAAUGAAGAAGCCUUCACAAUCUGUUGAAAUUGAACUCAAAGAUGGAACUAAUGCUCAAAAGGAGAACACUGAAUGCUCUGAUUCUUUGGUAUUUGCUUCGCAAUCUCUUUCGGCUUGCGGAGACAAUGAAUUUGACAUUACUUCAAACUCUACACCUGCUAAGCGUCUUUCUGCAGCAAUUCAAGUUGACGACAUUCCAUCGCCGCCUUUAACAACAACUAAGCGUUCAUCCACAAAGAACGCCAAGCAUGUCAAACUUGAAUGAACUACUUAUGAUGAACACAAUUCCAAUUCCAUAUGUCAUUCACUUUUUUGAUACAAUUGAAUGACAAAUUAAUGUCCUCGAAUCAUUGCUGUGAAAGUUUAAUAUGUCUCUCAUUUUGAAUUAUCAGACAAUAUUUUGCUGACUUCAUUUCAACUUCUGCAUCUACUAUUUUAUGUUCAAGUACCUUUACUAUGAAACUCCCUUGAAUUAUUAAUUAUGUAAUAUUAUCUAUGUGU